AUGAGACUUUCCCUUUCUCUCGUCGCGGCCUUGGUUGCCGCCGUAUCCGCCUCAAAUGUCGUCGAACUCAACCCUGGCUCUUGGGAUUCCGUUAUUGUGAACUAUGAUCUCACGCUUUCCCUCGAUAACAUUCGUGCUCCAGCGGCCAUUGCAAAGUAUGUAGAGGGCCAUUUUAGCUUCAAUGGCAAACCUAUUCUCCAGAACCUCGCGCCUGCCUAUGAACAACUCGCCGACGCUUUCGCCGGCAAAGACGUAGUCAUUGCCAAAGUAGACGCAGAUGGUGAAGGCAAACCCCUUGGCUCCAAAUUCGGGGUCACCGGCUUCCCUACACUCAAGUGGUUCGACAAGGAUGGUGGUUAUGAGCCCUACGAGGGCGGCCGCGACAUAGACGCGUUAGCUGGCGUACGUUUAUUCGAGCAUCCCUCGUCCUACGUUUUCUCACUUUUGACGCUUGACAGUUGUUGCGUUUCCUCGAAAUCUGGAAUUAAAUCAAACAUUAAGGCCCCACCACCACCCGAUACCGUCAUUCUGGACUACACUAACUUCGAUGGAGUCGCUUUGGACCAAGAGAAGGAUGUUCUUGUCACUUUCACUGCGCCAUGGUGUGGCCACUGCAAAUCAAUGAAGCCCGCCUACGAGAAAGUUGCCUCCACCUUCAAGACGGAGUCCAAGUGCAUUGUCGCAAAUAUCGACGCGGAUGACCAAAAGAACAAGGGUAUCGCCGCGAAAUACGACGUCAAGGGCUUCCCCACUAUCAAGUUCUUCCCCAAGGGCAGCACUGAAGCUGUCAGUUAUGAAGGAGGCCGCUCGGAGGCUGACUUCGUCAACUUCCUGAACGAGCACUGUGGGACCCAGCGCGCUGUUGGUGGCGGAUUAACUGAUCAGGCUGGCCGUGUUCCUGGUCUUGAUGCCCUCGCCAGCAAAUUUAUGUUGGCCACCGCUGACGCCCGGUCUACCAUCAUCCAAGAUGCUACUGCGCUUGUGGCUGGUGCUGGAGCCCUUUCCAACCACUACCUCCGUGUCAUGGAGAAGCUCGCCAAUAGCUCGGAAGGAUACCUUGAGAAGGAGGGCAAGCGACUGAACUCUAUUCUGGCUAAGCGGAGUCUUGCUCCGACUAAGCUGGACGAAAUCAAGAUCAAGUCAAACAUUCUGAGGGCAUUCUCCAACCCAGUUCAGGAGUCGGAAAAGCGUGAUACGGCUGAGUUGUAG